GUGGCGUUUUGUUGUUGGAAUCAUCCCACGUGGGAGUGAACGAGCGUCUUCAAGGUCAUCUCUUUUCCUUUCUGUUUUCCCGAAGCAUCUGUGCAAAGCGUUCGUCUGUUGGUCCCCGUGAAGAAUGCGACUCUCACUGAGAUCUGUUCUCACAGCAUCCAUAGCUUGGUUGUCGACAUGCAUCCCGUCCCCAGCGGUCACUUCAGACAGGAGAUGUGUGUUCUUGGCUAGUCCACAGAACACUAAAUGGAUCCGGAGAGCAGGGAAUAUAAGUGGACCCAGUCAGCACUGUGCCAGAACUGAGUGCUGUAUGGGUUACUUCCUGCUGGAUAGCCGAAAGCCGACACCCAUCCUCUUGAGUUGUAGUAUAAUCCAAACCAGGUGCCCAAACUCCUCAUGCCAUGCAUCACUUCUUCAUCAGAAGUUCAUUAGGUGUGUCUGCAGCUCAGAUUUCUGCAAUGCGAACAUCAGCUUUAAUCAACAAGCCCAGCAGACUGAAUACACACAGCCUCAGUAUUCCUCAGGUACUACAGAUCUUCUGACCGUCAACGUCCUCAUUAUUCCUGCUGGAGCUCUGUUUCUAUUCAUUUCCCUUGUAAUGGCACUGAAGUGGAAAAUUCUUCUUAAGCAAUGCAGACCUGUAACACCUCCGAACACACAUGAUGUCUUUGAGAUUUCUAAUACUGACCUGGAUAAACACCUGGAGAUGCAGAAAGUUAUCGCUUGCGGCCAUUUUGCAAGCGUGUGGCAGGGAAUAUUCCAGGGAUCGUCCGUAGCCUUGAAAGUGUUUCCGACAGCGCUACAGCAAGAGUUCAACAAAGAGAAAGACGUCUACAAGCUGCCUUUAAUGACGCAUUCUGGGAUCGUAAGGUUUUUUGGACAUGGAAAAAUUGGGAAAGAGUUUUUGCUGGUAUUGGAACUGGCAACCCAGAGUUCUUUGAAUGCAUUGCUGUCCAGAACCGUGUGCGACUGGGCCUGUACUCUAAAACUAGCUCGAACCCUAUCGCAAGGAUUGGCCUAUCUGCACACGGACUUAAAAAUGAACGGAGUCUAUAAACCAGCGGUGGCACACUGUGAUCUCAGCAGCAGUAAUGUUCUGGUGAAAGCUGAUGGUUCUUGCGCUCUGUGUGACUUUGGAUGCUCCACAGUGCUACAGAGACGGGGAUAUUCAGGCAUAGUCGAGGGCAAAAUGCAAAUGGGGACACUGCAGUACAUGUCACCUGAGAUCUUGGAGGGAUGCGUUAAUCUGAGCAGCGGACGUUGUUUGCUCCAGGCAGAUGUGUAUUCGUUAGGGCUACUGCUUUGGGAGAUGCUGAUGCGGUGCUCUGACCUCUGUACAGGUUCUCCUGGUCCUGAGCAUACGCUGCCUUAUGAGAUGGAACUGGGACGCAGUCCAUCCCUUGAAGAUCUUCUUACUUUUGUGGUGGAGAAAAGACACCGUCCAGCUAUACCUCACCUGUGGGCCAGAGUCUCCCAGGACUUGCUUCUCCAAGAGCUGCUUGAAGACUGCUGGGAUCACGAUGCAGACGCAAGACUCACAGCAGAGUGUGCAGCUAAUAGAUUAGCCUCGUUAACCCUCGAAGACUGAGUGCUAACAUAGCAUUGCUUAACGCUGUAAUAACUGAUGAAGUGAAGUGAUAUUAGCAAGAGUGAAGAGUCUAACACAUUUCGGUGAGAGUGUUUGCUAUCAGAUUACUGUCCAGGGAAACAUAACAACAUUGAAGCACAUAAGGUAGUGAAGAAAGAAUGGCAUAAAGAGGAUAAUUAGUUUGUCUUCAUUGUAUAUACGUAUUUUAAUUGUGCAGACAUGAAUUAGCGCUCUAAGAGUAAGAAAAUCAGGUCAGGUUUUUCCACACCAACACCACUGGUGCACUUGUUGGUUUCAAAUUCCCAGAAUGCACUGCUGUUAUGCAACACAGUUUCUGUGAGCUUUGACCCAUUUUUACAUACUUUUUUCCCUGCUUUGCAAAAUAAACUGCGUUGGCAAAA